GGAACUGAAGAUGGCUCCCAAUGCACCGCGGCGGCACACAGAUGCGUCAACGUCCAGCUGUCAGGGAGCACAUUGCUGUGAGAAGAAAUAAGGGAGGUGAAAGUAAAUAAAAGAUUUAAAGGGCGGAAAGCACUAAUACGUUAUCGCGGACAGUCACUUUAACUCUGUCAAACUAAACGGGGAGCCAUGGGUUCGACCACAGAUGAAGAAUUUAAAGAGAAAUUAUUAUGGAAUGUGAAACGAGAGGUGAAACAAAUGAUGGAGGAAGCCGUGACCAAGAAGUUUGUACAUGAGGACAGCAGCCACAUCAUCGCCUUGUGCAGCACCAUCGAGGCUUGCAUGGGCCACAAGCUGAAGCGGAGAGCUGCCGGCUUCCUGCGCAGUGACAAAAUCGCCGCCCUCUUCACCAAGAUCGGCAAGGUCAAUGCCACGACUGGUGAGGUGUGCCGCAAGGUGCAGGAGCAGCUCCAACAACAGGCCGAGGUCACCAGGAAAGCACAGAGCGUGGUUCACGAACCCCUGAAGCGUCAGGGCUCGUCGUCGGCAGGUCGAGCCCCCCAGCCCCUCUCAGUACAGGCGCUCAAGCACAUCUGGGUACGCACGGCACUCUUUGAGAAGGUCCUGGACAAGAUCGUCCAGUAUAUUGUCGACAACUCCAGUAAGUACUAUGAGAAGGAGGCUCUGAUGCAUGACUCAGUGUUUGGCCCCAUCCUGGCUGCACUACUGGUGGGGCCCUGUGCCUUGGAGUACACCAAGCUGAAGACGUCAGACCACUUCUGGACGGACCCUUCUGCCAACGAGCUGGUCCAGCGCCACCGUAUCCACGGAGCCCACCGAGGCCAGGACGCCUCCCCCAGCCGCCGACCUGCUCUAGGGAUUCGUAAGAGACAGUCCAGCGGCAGCAUGUCGGACGACAAGUUUGCAGCGUCGGCGAGGGAGUACGUGGAAUCCCUCCAUCAGAACUCCCGUACCCACCUCCUCUACGGCAAGAAUAAUGUCAUGGUGCAACCGAAGAAGGAUAUGGAGGUGUUGCGGGGUUACUUGUCUCUUCAUCAGGCAGGGGACAGCCUGACCCUCAAGUGGACCCCAAACCAGCUGAUCAACGGCACUCUGGGAGACUGUGACCUGGAGAAGAGUAUCUAUUGGGAUUACGCAUUGACCGUGCCUUUGCGGCAAAUCGUCUGCAUUCACUGUCACCAACGACCUGACUGUGGUGGAACAUUGGUGCUGGUCAGCCAGGAUGGCAUCCAGCGACCUCCCCUCCAGUUCCCCCCCGGGGGCCACCUCCUUGCCUUCCUGUCCUGCCUGGAGACCGGCCUGCUGCCCCGGGGCCAGCUGGAGCCCCCUCUCUGGUCCCAGAGAGGCAAGGGAAAGGUCUUCCCCAAGCUAAGGAAGAGGACCAGCACAGCCAGACUGGUCGACCAGGAAGGGAAUGGAGACGAUCAGAUUGCUGCUGACUAUGUAUUCCGCAUUGUUUACCCUGGGCACCGGCAUGACUCCAUCACUAUAAACUACCACCACACCACGGGCAGUCGCGCGCCCUCGCUGGACGACGACGAGGAAGAGGAGGAUAGGCUCCACGCUAUGAUCUCAAUGAUCUGCUCGCGGAACCUCACAGACCCUAAUGUUAUGAAAGACCACGGAGAGAUGAUGGAUCUGCAAGCUUUCGGAGGAAGCCCGUCGUCAUGGCAGCAGGCGGAGUGCACCAGUCACUUGUCUUCAUGUCUCUCUUGCUCCACCGGGGGUAGCACAAUGUCCUGUGACAAUCCACCGGGCUGCACCUGCAUCCACGACCGUAUUCCUCUCAAGAUGCUGUGUCAGAACAUGAAGAGGCAGAUAGUCUCCAGAGCUUUCUACGGAUGGCUGGCCUACUGUCGGCACCUGUCCACCGUACGGACACACCUGUCAGCAUUGGUCAACCACAACAUCGUCCCCCCUGACAAGCCCUGCGAGGCUUCAGGGGGUCUCAGUAAAGAUGUGUGGAGCAAGUACCAGAAAGACUGUAAGAACUACAAGGAGCUGGAGUUACUGAGGCUGGUGUAUUAUGGAGGUGUUCAGCAUGAGAUCAGGAAGGAGGUUUGGCCUUUCCUACUAGGGCACUACAAGUUUGGCAUGAACAAGAAAGACAUGAGCCAGAUUGAUGAGAAGAUCAGCACACGGUACCAGCAGGUGAUGAAGGAGUGGAAGGCCUGCGAGGUGAUCGUCAAGCAGAGGGAGAAGGAGAUGCAGUCGGCCAUCUUUGCCAAGCUGUCGUCAGGCAGCAGCAUAGACAGCCACGUCCUGCGACUCAUCCACCGAGACUCCACCAUCAGUAACGAGGUGUUCAUGUCAGUGGACGAACCCGACGCAGGGGGCCAGGACACCCCCGGGGGAGAGGACAACACCCCCACCAUGACCACGGUGGUUCCUCCUGCCGCCCUGGCCCCGGAUGAGCGCCCCCUGGUGGAGUUUGACUCCCCAGACUCUGGCCUCCCGUCCUCCAGAAACUACUCCGUGGCCUCGGGACACUCCCAGAUCCUGUCCAGCAUCGAUGACGGCCAGAGCAUGGAGGAGGAGGGUGCCGGGGACGAGGCAGGCACACGCAGGCACAGCGUGCUGGGAGAGUCUGGCCGCCAGGACUCACUGAGUGAAGACAGGCUGUGUAGUCAGCUGGAUAAGCUGGUGACCAAUGGCGGGGGGGCAGAAGGGAUCCCCCCCUCCCUGUCCUCCUAUACAAUUGAGCUGUUGGACACAAUAGCUCUGAAUCUGCACAGGAUAGAUAAAGAUGUGCAGCGCUGCGACCGGAACUACUACUACUUCACCACUGCCAACUUGGAUAGGCUACGCAACAUCAUGUGCAGUUAUGUGUGGGAGCAUUUGGAGAUUGGUUAUGUCCAGGGCAUGUGUGACCUGCUGGCUCCCCUUAUGGUCAUUCUGGACGAUGAGUGUCUUGCGUACAGCUGCUUCACCCAGCUGAUGAAAAGGAUGAGUCAGAACUUCCCCAAUGGCGGAGCCAUGGACACACACUUUGCCAACAUGAGGUCCCUCAUCCAGAUCCUGGACUCCGAGCUCUUUGAGCUGAUGCAUCAGAAUGGAGACUACACUCAUUUCUACUUCUGCUACCGCUGGUUCCUGUUGGACUUCAAAAGAGAGCUGCUGUACGAGGAUGUGUUUGCAGUGUGGGAGGUGAUCUGGGUGGCCCCUAAGAUCUCUUCGCAGGACUUUGUUUUGUUCCUGGCCCUGGCCCUGGUGGAGGUCUAUAGGGAGAUCAUCAGAGACAACAACAUGGACUUUACAGACAUCAUCAAAUUCUUCAAUGAGAUGGCUGAGCGUCACGAUGUGCAGCACAUCCUCCAGAUCGCCAGAGAGCUGGUGCACAAGGUCCAGGCUCUCAUCGAGAACAAGUGAACAUUGAACGGGAAAGCGCAGGGCCAGAGAGACUAGCGCUAACUCCGUGUUCCUACACUGCUCCACCCAACUUCACCCCUCCCCCUCCAAUCUCCCUGGGUAAAGAACGGGACUGACCCAUCAACCUGCCCCGAGGCCGGGAGGCAGCAAGGGGAGAGUGGCUGGGUGGCUAGAGUAAGGAAUGGAGGGUCUGGAUCUAAUCUCCACCUUAGUUUGUGUCGCAGGUUGUGAUUUGUUUACAAGGACCCUGUCACAGAAUGCUAUGUGCGGAUUUGUCUGCAUGCUCGUGUGUUUAUCACACUGUGACCACAUUCUAUGUUUUUUCCUCCACUGAUCAUGUGUGUUAUUUUAUACCCACACACACUCACAUGCACCUACAAAACUGCCCUAACAAUAAUACCUUUUCUCUUUCCCUGCGACAAGUCACAAGUAUUAAAAUGUCAGUCAGUCACAAAAAGAUGGGACUUGCACAUGCACAAGUGUGUUACUUUAGGAUAGCAUUUCAUGAGGUGUCUAUGAGUGAACGAGCAGGCAAGAGCACAGAGACUGAACAAUACCUGUGGCUCCUUGCUAUAUCAGUGGAGGCCACCAGAGGGUGUAAUGCAUUUCACACAGAUGAGCAUAAGAAAAUACCACAACGCUUUUGUUUGUGACCAAAUGGACUGUGCCAACUUUCCAACCUUUUCAAAGGUAUUUAUACAACACACGCCAGUUGGAAGUUUUCUUGCCUUUUUAAGACAUGUUAUUAUUUGACACAGAUGCUGCCUUUAUCAGUCACAGUCCUUAUAAACGUAGUUGCACUUUCUGAAAGGUUCUCUUCAUGGCACUUGUGAUGCUCUUGCUAGUGCAGGUGUGGAGGUGCGAUCAUACGUCUGACCCAACUGUCUUCAGAAUUGGAACAUUGUGCAGCGUCUGCGUAUUGGAGCUAAACACUUUUCCUUUCUUCCCAAAGAGCAUUCUGAAUUGUGUGUGUGCAGACAUCAUAGUGGAGAGAGCACCCCCCCCCCCACACACACCCCCAUCAACUUCCUCCUUUAAGCCCAGACAGGGACGAACGACCCAGAUUCAAUCCAUCAGGCCAUUCCUCCACACAUGUAUUCCAACACAAUUGGACGGUCGGAAACAUUUGCUUCUCUACUGUUUUCAGCCAUCUGGUCAUUAGAAGGAGUGACGCAUUCUAUAAGUAAUAAUAAUGGAGAAAUGAGAUCUGCUAUCUUCAGUAUCUGUAGGCUGAAAGACAUGAGGGCUACUGUUAACACACCACUGUCCUUCCUUAUCAGAACUGUUGGGAUUCCUCUUCCAAUCAGCUUAGUGGAUUAUGAACAACAUUUUAGCAUCAAAGUAACAGCACAACAAUGAUUUCCUCCCAAACAUUUGUAUCUACGAAAAAAUAAUUGAGAUUUUAAACUCAAUGUCUUAUAUCCCUUAAACAUUAUUACGAAACUUUGAAGAAUUUAUCUUACUUUCCAAAAUGGCUGCCCAGAGUCCCAUUGGGAUAGACCUUUAUCUGUGAUUUAACUGCCCAGUGUCUUCCCCAAUCCUGGAGUGUACUGUAGACAUCUGUUUUUCGAAUUGAGAAGGUUCUGCAGAACUGGUAGGUUCUUGCAGGGGAGGUUGUGUUGAGGUGUUUAGGCCCUCACUACACGUCUUGCCCCCCCUCAAUCACAUUUCUGAGGAUGAAACGUAAACAAGUGCAAAAUGGGAACAUGUAAGCCCUAAGGAUUUUAAUUUUCUUCCAGUGAGGACCUUGCGUACCAAAGCCUCAAAAGAGCCCCCUCUGUGGCAUGAUUGCAAUGUGCAAUUUCAUACUGUAUCUCGAAGACUGUUUACUAGGUGUCAACAAUAUUUUUGAAAAUAGCACUCUAAUUAUAUUAACUACUGUGCAAUUUCUGUUUGAAAUAUCUGUAUGUCUAUAUUGCUGUAAAUAGGAACUGAGAAGACCAAUAUUUCUAUGAGGACCGUAAGCAUAUAACUUAUUUUGAAGUAAAUUUUUUACGUUGGUUUUAGAGGUGAGCUUGUGAAUGCCCACUGUAUAGAUGGAAAUGUGUACAAAUGAAUGUGUGGAAACCUUUGUUACACGUUGACUGUUAAGUGUUCUUUCUCAAUGUUGUGCACUGAAUUUGAAGGUUCAUUUCAAAAUUCUGUUCAUUUUAUUCAAGAGCCAACAUUUGAAUCACAGAGUAUGUAUUGUAAAAGGAUGUAUUAUUUGCCUUGAAUGUAAUGUAUUAAUAAAAAAGGUUGUUCCUUAUCAAAUCAUUUCAAAUGUGUGCUUUAUAGAUCCCUGGUUGUUUAGCAUGCACACUAACCGUUUCACACUAAAUGUAUUCAAAUUUUGACUUCCAACUUAUACAUUUUCAGGGUUUCAUGUGUCUUUUUAAGAAAUGUUUUGACCAUAAAGAUUUAAAUGGAAGACCUACACGACGCAUUACCCAAAAAAAUAUUCAAAUAUUGCAAUUUGAUUACAAAUCGAAAGAAUCAUCAAAUCGUGACCCCAAGAAUCGAAUUGUGAGGUACCACCAGGAAAGGCUCAACCAAAGUCUAAAAAAUAAAUGUACCUUUUAUAAGUUUUAUUUAUAAGUCCAAGAGCAAAAAUUGAGCUGUAAGAAGAUUCUUAAAUCGGAUUUGAACACAAAACCCUUCACACAGCAGCCCACAUCCUUAACCACUGAGCUAUCAGGGAUCACAACAAUCUCCACUCAACAUAAAAUCUGACACUGAACUAUCUAGUUGUAACAACCUGCAGAGUUGUAUUGUCAGAAAACCAGAUGAAAGCAGAGCUCCCCUGUUAGCUCACUGGGUUAGUGUGCAUGCUCUUUCAAACAUGCUGCUGCAGCCUGGGUUCAAAUUUGGUUUCUUUUAACUUAAAAUGUACGUUGCGGUCAUGUGAGAUGUGGGACUUCACCUUGUGGGCUACGACUCAUUACUUUUUUGCUACUUUGCUACUUUCGCAUAGUUUUAUAACUAUUGUCUCUCUCCUCUGCCAAAUGCUUGUUAAUCCCAGGAGGAUACUCUUUAAUGUAGUUUGGUUGGAAACAGAGUGUGAAUUAUACAAUGAAAA